AUGGCGGCCUAUGAGUCACCGGAGAAUCAUAUAGCGGCAACAGCAGCGACAACAUCAUCAGCAUCUACGUCAGAUCUUAAUUUCCCCAUUCGACGGAGGUCUACUACUGUCACGGAUUCUGCUUCGACGGAGGAUUUGAAAAGUAAUGGUAAAGAGUGCGAUAAGGUUAAGAAUGAGAAUCGAUCGGAUAUAAAAUUCAUUUACCGGCCAUCGAUGCCCGCUCAUCGUGGUGUUAAAGAGAGUCCUCUUAGUUCUGAUGCUAUUUUUAAACAAAGUCAUGCAGGUCUCUUCAAUCUCUGUAUAGUAGUGCUUGUGGCUGUAAACAGCAGGCUUAUCAUUGAAAAUUUGAUCAAGGGGUUUUCUUGGACGUCUUAUAAAUCACUCUUCUGGGACAUGCAUAGCAGUGCCUUUAUCCAAUGUUCAAAGGGACAAGAGAACCCUUUUAGUUUGGAUAUAGUUAUGACACUUAUGUAUUCAUUGCCUAAUUUGUGCAGGUGUGAUUCUGCUUUUCUAUCUGGUGUCACAUUGAUGCUCUUUGCUUGCAUUGUGUGGUUGAAAUUGGUAUCUUAUGCUCAUACAAACUCUGAUAUGAGAGCAAUUGCCAAGUCAAUUGAUAAGGUAAGUAUACCUGAGAAAGCUCAGCAGGAAGAUGCCCAAUCCGUUUCUCCAUAUGCAGAUAAUCCUCCUGAUGCUAACUUUAAGAGUUUGAUCUACUUCAUGGUGGCUCCCACAUUAUGUUACCAGUAUAUCAAUCCUAUUGUUCAGAAUUCGCAACACCCUUUGAAAGGAAAUCUCUUGUAUGCCAUUGAGAGGGUCUUGAAACUCUCGGUUCCUAAUUUAUAUGUGUGGCUUUGCAUGUUCUACUGCUUUUUUCACCUGUGGUUAAAUAUACUUGCUGAGCUCCUUCGCUUUGGUGAUCGGGAGUUCUACAAGGAUUGGUGGAAUGCAAGAACCGUUCAAGAGAGAAUGAUGUUAAAGGAAAAUAACAAAUCAAGGAGAAAGAAAGAUGAUAGAGAAAGAGAAAGAAUGGUGGUUUAUUUGUUGUUGAUAAAUGCGGGGAAAUAA